AUGGAGCAGCUCGCAACACUCGUGAGCUCCAACGCUCCGCCGUCACAUCUCUUCGAAGCCUUAUCGCUUUACGAGCAUGAAGCAUGCCUCAUAUCCGAAGGCAGCGGCUACCCUGGAACUGGUGGGGGUGACCCUACGCUAUUAAGCACAUUUUAUUCCAGCUUCUUUCUCGUCCAUCUCCUCACCGAUCAAGUACCUGAAGCUCGCGCCUUGACAAAACGAAUGCCCGGAUCUCUCAUACACCAAGACUCUUCUCUGCAAAACUGCUUAACUUUACUACGAGCGGUAUGGCAGACACAAGUUGAGCAGGUAUAUCGAAUCCUCAGACAAUGCCCAUGGCCGGAGGUGCUACAGCCACUAGUACGGAGAUAUGAGAGCUUCUACCAAGACAAGACCUUGAUCUCUGUGAGCACGUCCUACGAAGCAAUAAGGCUAUCCACGGCAGCAAAAUACCUUGGUCUCGACGAGCAAUCCGCUGAGCAGGAAGACCCGAAUAUAAUAGCCAAUUUCACGAAGUGUGGGUGGACAUGGGACCCGGAGACAAAGUUGCUGCAUCCCAAGCCUAUCGUUGUAUCGCCCAUGGACAACCAGUCCUCGAACGGCAUUCGUGGGGCGAUGAAAAUGCUUGGAACAAGCGGAAGUUUAAGUUGA